AUGCCCGUCCCAGCACGAGUUCAACCAGAAAAGAACAUUUGGGUGGCUGCAGGUGAUGGCGAUUUAGUCAGAGUUCGAGUACCUCUGAUCCGAUCCCUCCCAGCCACGUCGCCCAAUGCUCCUGAUGAAUUCACAUACACUCCCAUGCACGCUGCGGCAUCAUACGGGCAGCUUGAAACCCUAGCAUACCUAUGCUCACAAGGAGGAGAUGUCAAUGUCACCGAUGAAGACGGAGAUACACCGCUAUAUGCUGUUGAAAAUACCGAGACGGCACAAUGGCUAUUGGACCACGGAUCUACUUUAGACCAUCAGAAUAAUGAUGGUGUAUCCCCUAUUGAACAUUUACGAGAGGACUUUCCCGAAAUUGCUGCAUACCUGCAGUCACGCCUAAGUCCUUCCUCAUGUAUGAUGCCUGGGGCGGUGUCGCCCUCGCAACCUUCUCAACAUCAGCAAAACAUCGCAACAGAAUCCCUCACGUCAUCGCUUAUGCAGUCUGUUCAUGAUAUCAUGCAGCGCUCUGAAGCAGAUGGCCGGGAUCCUGAUGAGGAGUUGAGACGAGUCGUUGGCAGAACAGUAUUAGAAGGGGUAAUAGCAGGGUAUGAAAUGACGACGGAUGAUGACGCCACACAUAAUUCCGAAGCUGACUCACCCAAUGGAGUCAAGAGACCUCGAACGGAUGGCUAA